AUGAAUGAUCCUUUUAUUCUCUCUCUGUUAAAGGAUAGAGUUACCUCACUCAAGCAAAUGAACAAAUAUCUUGGAUCACUAAUUGAAAUACUCUUGUCAGAAGAUGAAAACACUCUGUUUGGAAAAUCAAGGAACUUAUUCAACUAUAUUUCCAACCUAAAAGCAAAAUAUUCGAACCUUUUAAAUAGAUUGAUACCUAUACCAUCAGAAAAUGCAAAGUGGCAUUACUGGAGCACCUAUUUUGCAUUCUACUUUGCGGACAUUUUCUCCAAACAAGUGGCUGAUGUCGAAUAUGAGCAAAGAGAACAAGUUAUUUAUGAAUUGAAUUCAGAUUUGACUUUAAUUUUAAAUGCAUUCGCUAAAAGAGAGCAAUUCUUGAAUAAUGAAGGCAAUUCUGUGAAUUCCUUUAGAACCUCCAAGCUUUAA